AUGGUCCCGUUCGUUUUGACUGCGUUCCUCUCUUCUAUCCUCGUACUAGCUGCCAAGAAUCCCAAACGUGGGCUUGCGUUUGCGGACAACAACAGCGCAAGAGACCUGGUUCACGCCAACCAAAGCAACAGCGCGAUAACAUGGCAAUAUGACUGGGCCGCCUCUCCAUCCUCCACACUGGCCUCUUCAGGCAUCCAGUAUGUCCCUAUGCAGUGGGGAACCAACGGAAUCCAGAAUCUGGCCAACUCGGUCAAGGGGGCCAAAGUGCUGCUUGCAUUCAACGAGCCUGAUUUAGCGUCUCAAUCGAACCUUGAUCCGAGGACCGCUGCUCAGCUGUGGAAACAGUACAUCCAACCACUCAAAUCGUCGGGCAUCAAACUAGUUAGCCCUGCGGUCACCAGCGCUCCUAGUGGAAUUCCUUGGUUGCAGGAAUUUAUAUCCGCCUGUGGUGGGUGCUCAGUAGACGCCAUCGCAGUGCACUGGUACGGGAGUGGUUCCCAAUGGUUUAUAGAAUACUUGAAUAAGGUCCACGCUGCAUUUCCCUCUCGUCCGAUAUGGGUAACUGAGUUUGCCGACACAUCGACUGAUGUAAACAGUAAGAGCACCUACCAACACCAGCCAAUCAAUGCGGUGGCGAAUUUUCUCAAGCAAAGUACGGCAUUCAUGGACUCCCAGAGCUGGGUGGAACGGUAUGCCUGGUUUGCUACGCUGAUACGACAUAUUGACUCGCCCAUUUUUAACGAACCAUAUCUAGGUUUACUGGACUCCUCAGGGAACUUGAAUAGUCUCGGGAGACUGUAUGUCACGCCGUAA